GUUACUUAAUUAACAAUAUUCCAAGAAAUGAUUAUGCAGAAAAUUCAAUGGUUAUCGGAUUUGCAAUAAUAUUAUUAAGUAACAGUAAAAAGACAAUUCGUAUUGCUCGUAUGCAGUAAAUUAAGCACUGAGCUUAUGAUAAAAUGUGUAAAUUUGCCGUCUCAUAUAUAAAAUUGUCUGAUGCAAUGUUUUCAAUUUAGUCUAUGGGGAACUGACUAAAACGCGGUUGAUGGCAAUUAUCUGACGCGUAUUUUUGUUAAAUUAAUCAGUGUCGGUAACAACAUAUUUUUAAUUGGUCUUUCCUGUAUAAUGCACCUUCCAAUCCGCUAUUGUGUGUAAAAAUCCAGAGAACUUCAAUAAAGAUCAUCUUUGCUCAUAGUGACCCUACACAGUCCGUAUGAAAGGGAAAAAAAUAAGAGAGAUCUUUUGCGUCACACCAAAUAAGAAAUUAAGUCGGAAUCCCAGAUUAAGCCUACAGGGUUGGUCAAAACGUUGGAUGCACAUUUUUAGCUUCACCUCUUACUACUGAAUGUCGACGUAAAACUUCAGCAGACAAAGAAGUCAGCAAUAAUGACAACUGCAAACAACGCUAACCGUUGGAGUGUUGAAGCUCCUUUGAUUCGUUUGCCUAUAGUGGCCCCAUCCACAGAUUCACUAGCACCAAAAUCUGAAGAAAAUCAGUUCAUGUGCAGCUUAGAAUCAAAACUGCAAGCAACACCUGAGGCAAGAGCGGAAGAAGGCAAGCCAGAUUCAAAGAUACCAGAUGGAGGAUGGGGCUGGGUGGUAGUAUUUGCCACAUUCCUCCUUUGUAUGAUAGCAGAUGGGGUAACGUUCUCCUUCGGUCUUUUAUACGUAGAAUUCCUCAAGGAGUUUGAAGCCUCAAACAGCGCCACUUCAUGGAUUGGCAGUCUUUUCAUGGCAGUACCUCUUUUAUCAGGCCCAAUAAUGAGCGCCUUGGUAGACAAAUUCGGUUGCAGAUCAAUGACUAUAGUAGGAGGCAUAAUUUCCGCGUCAGGUUUCAUUUUAAGCUCCAAAUGCUACUCUUUGAAUCUCAUGUAUUUGACCUUUGGCAUGUUAGCCGGUUUAGGGCUUGGCCUUAUCUACGUAACUGUAGUUGUUUCUGUGGCUUUCUGGUUCGAGAAAAGAAGAACCUUGGCUGUGGGUAUCGGAUCUUCCGGAAUUGGUAUCGGCACCUUCAUAUUUUCCCCUCUAACGACUUACUUGAUUAUGGAAUUUGGAUGGAGAGGAACCACGCUUAUUUUGGGAGGAUGUUUCUUGAACAUGUGUGUAUGUGGAACUUUGAUGAGGGAUCCUGAUUGGAUUAUUGAGCAGGAUAGGCUCGAGGCAAAAUCCAAACUAUCCAAGUCUACAAAGUCAAGCAAAGAUAGUCUGGAAAAUUCAAUCAACUUGGAAGAGCUAAAGGCUUUUCUCACUAGUGAAAAAGACGUGAAGUUGCUCUUGAACGAUUUAGAAGAGUCGCUUGACGGCCGAGAUAAAGAUACUUUGAAAAAUUACUUUUCAGCUGUAAAUCUUCCAACUUUUAUUAAAAAGCAUGAAACGGUUCCAGUUGAGGUACUACAGCUGCUCACCACAAAUAAGAAUGCUCUAGACGUCAUUUUGCAUCACUACUCCAGUUUGGUUGUGCCUAAAAAGAAAUCAGAGGACACACCUAGCCAUAACCAAGGCGACCUUGUCAGAGCCCCGUCUAUACAGAAAGCCCACUGGACUAAGCAUAAACCUGAAGAAGCCCACGAGACACCAAUAGGGCAUACCAAAUCCUACCACGAAAGCUAUUUUAAGAAUCUAAAAUUGGACACUCAUUCUUUGGCUCACAGAGGGGCUUUGUUCAAUACUAGUAAAUACAGAUUCAAAGCUUCAAGCUGUCCCAAUAUCUAUAGGGUAUCUAUGGUGUCCUUGCCAAGAAAAGAUAGCAAAGAAGUCUGGUACUCUGAGCUAGUCGAUCUUGUUAAAGGCAUGUUCGAUUUUUCCUUAUUUCUAGAGCUGCAUUUCUGUUUACUUUCAUUAUCCACCAUCAUCCUCUUCACUUGGUUCAUAGUGCCUUAUUUUUAUUUGGUAACAUUGAUGACCAAUUUUGAAUACACCACCGAGCAAGCGUCGUUUACUAUUUCAAAUAUUGGCAUAUCCAACACUUUGGGCAUGAUUGUGUUGGGCUGGGCUGGGGACAGACCAUGGAUGAACAUCACGAAAACAUGCGCCAUCUGCCUAGUGGUAUGUGGCUUAUCUGUAGCUGGACAAAUGUUAUUUAUCAAAAACUACUUUAUGCUCCAAGUUUCGUCCUCUCUUUUCGGCCUUUCCUUGGCCAGUCAUUUUACUUUCACUCCCGGCAUUGUUAUGGAGCUGGUGCCUCUAGACCGAUUUACCAUCGCCUAUGGAUUACAGUUACUUUGUCAAGGGAUUGGAACUCUCGUUGGUCCCCCUUAUGCCGGAUUGUUGUAUGAUAUAACACAAAGUUGGGAGCAAACCUUCUACCAAGCAGCAAUAUGGAUAAUCCUGUCUGGCAUUUUUGUUGCUAUUAUUCCAUACAUUAGGAACAGAAAAAUGUUUGGCCGAGGAUCAGUGGAGAAAGAAGUAGAUGAUCCUCAGAGCCAUUAUGUGCCUUUGGUGUUACUAUUUCUUGCGAUGAUGUUGGCUUUUAUAGGCAUGUUCUAUCUAACAGCAAUGGGCUUUCAGAGCUAUCUACGCGGGGAUAAAUAAAUUCAAAAUUUAGAUGAUUAGUUCAGAUUUACUGAGUUUUGUUUAAGGCACCGAUGUAUACGCACAGUUUUAAAUAAAACGUAACUGCUUAAUACACAAUAGGAGAAAGUAAAGUCAGUAGAUAAAAACGGGUAAAGAAAAAAAUAAGCAGGAAAAUAUUUUUCUGCAUUUAUUUGAGGAAACUUAGAGAAUCAAAAUACACAUUUAGUUUCACAUUUUAAUGCUGCAUUUACACCUAGUGAAUAACUGAUAGAUUUCUGUUCUAAAUAAAUGAUGAACAACG